ACAGUCAGUCAUGUCACAGACAGAGAGAUACACAUUCACUAACACAGAUAUGGAUAGAGUGAGAGAAGAGAAAGAGUUGCAAUAUAUAGAACAAAAUAGAAGGGGUAAAUCAGAGAGAGAAAACAAGAAGAGGAAGAAACAUGAAGAAAAUAAGAGAGAGAGACAGAGAGAGAGAGAGAGAGAGAGAGAGAGAGAACAAGAAGAGAGAGCGAGGGUUCUCAUCAUCUCUCUCUCUUUCAUUUCCUGACAAAGGCACUGUAUUUGGAACUCAAGACCAUCACAAUCAAAAUAUUCUACUCAUAAGCAUCAAACGGAAACAACAAAAAUAUUAGUCAUGACCAUCAACACCACUCAUAACUGCACAGAGCCCCAGAGUAACUGGCUCUUUGUUGGGGUCUACUCCAUGGUCUUCAUGGUUGGCCUCAUCCUCAACCUCACAGCACUAGUGGUGUUCUUCCGCUACACCAAGUCUCGGUCUCACACCACCGUCUACAUGACUAACCUGGCCAUCGCAGACCUUCUCCUGGUCCUCACUCUGCCCCUGAGGAUCUACUACCAUCUGGGAAUGUCUGGGUUACCACAGUUACCUCAGGUCCUGUGUGAAGGGGUGGGCCUGGUUCUGCUGGUCAACAUGUAUGGCAGCAUCUUUCUCCUCACCUGCAUGUGUUUCGACCGCUGUGUAGCCGUAUGUUUCCCCAUGUCUUGCCGGAUUCGGGAGGGCCGAAAGAAAGCCCCACUGGUCUGCCUCGGUGUCUGGGUCCUUACCAUCGGAGCCAGCCUCCCAUUCUACAUCUCCAAACCCAGAGAGGCAUCCAAUGAGAUGCAGGACCUUUGUUUCGGGAACCUUCCAGUCUACGCCACACAGGCAACGGCAGUCGCCUCGACACUAACCGUCGGCUUCGGCAUCCCCUUGGUGGUGAUGUUGGUCUGUUCCUCGGCGUUGAUCCGCACCAUCACAAGGAGCGCUGUAGCCCAGACAGAACUCAUCAACUCUGGGAAGAUCCAGAGGAUGAUUACCACCAACCUGGUGAUAUUUCUGGCCUGCUUCCUGCCCUACCAUGGGACUCUGGCACUCCUCUAUGUCCAUAGGAAAGCGGUAUCAUGCCCCCUACUGUCGGCAUACCGCUAUAGCCUUAUGGUGGCCUGUCUGAACGCCAUUUUGGAUCCACUGGCGUACUAUUUCACCACGGAGACGUUCAGGAAGAAGGUGGAUAUGGACGCCAUGAGGAGGAUGUUCCCACUCAACAGUCAGAACUCUGAGGGUAACAACUCCAGAGCCCCCUUCAACACUUAAUGUUCUAAAGAUACAGUCUGGGAUUUGAAAAAACAACAAAUCCCUCACCCCGCCGGCCGCCAAUUGUUUUGGUAAAAAUGUAUUAAAGCACGUUCCAUGUACUGCCAAGAUAUAGAAUGGUGAUUAUAUUGGAUUUAUGAUGUGUAGUUCUACGCCAAGCUAACACCCAAGGUGUUAAGAUAUUGGAUCAUCCAUGUGCAAUCAGUUGGUUCUCAUACUGAAGUUUCGGACUAUGCAGUGGCAUGUAUUCAGGGAUGCCAAAGGAAGGCAGGCUUCCCCAGAACAAUCACCAAGAAAAAAAGAAAAAAUAUUAUAUUUCUGUAUGUGUAGCUCAUCUAUCUGAUGCUUUCUGGUCAAAAAUAGUAUAAUAUUGCUGCUGCUUGUAGCAUUGAAUAAAAGGGAUUAAUAAUUAUUAAUAAUAAUAGCCAAUCAGCGUUGAGCUAAACUGAGUGAGCUCAGCUGUGAAUGGUCCUGGUGCACCGAAAGAAAGUGUAAAGGGAAGCCAGUUCGGAUUUGGCUUCACACCAGUCACAUCAAAUCCAGCCAAACAUCAUUGACAGAAAAAACGUGAUUUGUUGUAUCUAGUUUCCUAAAUUAGCCAAGGACAGAGAUAGGGAUUUUGUGGUUUUACUUCAUUCUCCACACUGGCCAAUUCUGUGAUUCUGACACAACCAUUAAUUCAUAUAUUGUGCCCCUGGACUGACAGGAUGGAAGUUCAAUAUUUAGAAGGCUAAUGUGAACUAGCUAAUGUUGUCAUGAAAGGAAAUUAGGAUAGCAAGCAACAUUUUAGCCAGGUAGUCUAGGACAACAUAAACUUAAAGCAUGUAUGACAGAGUCAUAGACGUUUCGGCAACAUGAAUGAGAGGAGGAUGGCAUUGGCCUUUCUUUACAAGUAGGGUGAGUCAACACAUUUUCUCCUUACGCACACAAACACAAAAAUCAGUACCAUGGACAGCCACAUGAUAGGUAAGAAUGUACAUAUUUUCCCAUUAAUAAAACGAUAUCCUAACAUCCAAUAUAUUUCAACAUUUUUGAAAAACACAUCAAGACUCCAAACCAAGUAAAAAAUAAAACAUUUUAGAAUCAUCCAACAGCAACAUCUGCAAUAAACACUGAUCCAAAAGUUUUUAUUUUAUUUUUUUACAGUUAAUCAGAGCUCAAAUACAAAUGCAGUUUAUUUUACAGUUUUUAAAGAGCCUAUAAUCAAUUGUUAAAUCUAAUCAAAGUAAUAGUAACAUUCGUUACUAUUUUGCAACAUUACACAUUUUAAACAGCCUUGGAUCAAUUUCAGGUGGCUGAACAUUUGCUUAUGUUGAUUGGACUAAAUCGUUUUUGGAAUAUUUUAGAUGUCACUGUAUUAGACUAAGCAUAGGUGAUUUCAUGAUGUCGAAAUGUUGAAGUUGAAAUGGUGCUGGAAUAGUGGAGGCUAUAACGAUACAGGGCAAGACCUAGAUGCAGACACGGGAGGCAGAGGGUUGGAGUCUCUGAUAUUUAUUAUAAAACAAGGGGCAGGCAAGAGACAGGUUGUGGACAGGCAAAAGAUCAUAAGGAGGUACAGAGUGGCAGGCAGGCUCGAGGUCAGUGCAGGCGGGCUCAGUGUAAGGGCAAGCAAAGGUCAGAACUGGGAGGACUAGAAAAACAAAGACUUCACAAGAAAAACGCUGGUUGACUUGACAAGACGAACUGGCAGAACAGAACAGAAAUGUUAUCUACGUGGUGAAAACAAAGUGCUGUUCUAGAACUUUGAAAAUUCUACUUGGAUAAAUCCACCCUUGUCUGUAGACAGAGCUGCAUCGGUGAGAGCUUUCAUAGAUGCUGCGAACUUGCAACUGGAAGACAGUGAUACAUUUCAUGGUAGAGAGAGAGAUUGCAUUUAAACAAACUACAAUCCAUAGUCUGAAUCAUGUGUUAAUUUGACACUUAGAUUUAUUUAUAGAUUUCACACAGCUACAGAAAACAUACACAGUGGGGAGAACAAGUAUUUGAAACACUGCCGAUUUAGCAGGUUUCCUUACUUACAAAGCAUGUAGAGGUCUGUAAUUUUUUUUAUCAUAGGUACACUUCAACUGUGAGAGACAGAAUCACAUUUUAUGAUUUUUAAGUCAUUAAUUUGCAUUUUAUUGCAUGACAUAAGUGUUUGAUACAGUGUGUGGACAGGGGUCUUUUAUACAGGUAACAAGUUCAAACAGGUGCAUUUAAUACAGGUAAUGAGUGGAGAACAGGAGGGCUUCUUAAAGAAAAACUAACACGUCUGU